GGAGAAUCGGACCUCAUGUUGAAAGUCUUCGUCAAAAGCUAAACUAGCCUAGAAUCAACAGAACGCACUCAUAGUUCCUUUCAGAAGCCUACAAAGGUCCUUCACCGCCACCUGCUGUUCGAAACCCCACGAAACACAGGCGCUCCUCUCCAAUGAGUGAGUAUCAACCUCUAUAGUGGUCUCCAUUCUCUACGAACCAGUUAGUCGACAGAGAAGCCAUUAUUCUGGAGGAGACUGCAGUGGGAGGCUGAAAAGAUGUCUGGAGUUGCAGAUGUGAACAUUGGGAUCUUUCCCUCACAUAGCUAGACCAGCGCUCCUCUGUCCAGCAGAGAUCUUCAUUUACAUUUUAUAUAGCACUAAUAAAGCUGUACAUGGGUGGAAACAGAAACUCGCCUCAUCCAUUACCAAUGUGUAGCACCCAUCUGAUUUCUCGGACUCUACAGUGUUUCCCCUAUUGAUUAUUGCUUGGCUGGGUGGGAAAUCUCUCAAAGCAAAACCCUGGGCCUCUGACACCAAAACAUUCCAUUUACAGCUAAUGCUUUUGGGUAGUGGUCAACAGAGAUGGUGCCUAGCCUAUACAAUGGCCUAUACAAACAUUGAACUGUCAAGCAAGCAAACCAUUUCUCUUAAUUGGCAUCUCCUGAAACUGAACUGUUUCUGCAUAAACAUUAUAUUUUUCUCUUUUUUGUUUUUCUGUGAUAUAUAGGUGACAAGUAAGUUUGCCUAUGUGUUGUCAUUGCAUGGACUUUGGUCAGUCAUGAUAUAGAUAUAGGCUAAUGUCACCAUUCCAUAGUCCAUGAUAGCAUGGGGAGACUUUGAGAUUGGCUCAUUUGGCUGAUACUGUAUCUGCACACAGCCACGAGACAUCUGUCUGUACACUGUGACAGUCUAGUCAUCUAUAACCCAAACCACUUCCCUGCUUCCGUUAUGCUACUGGCUGACUGCCACUGUCUGACUGCUACUGGCUGACUGCUACUGGCCGACUGUCUGUUAUUGGUGGAUGUAAGGGGUAAUGGCUGUGACUUGUUGCUUCACUACAGAUUGCACAAACACAUGAAGGAAGUCUCUCAGCUCACGCUUCAGACGGCAGAGCGGAACAGCUACAAGUCUGAGGUAACCCGACUCAGCUUGGUCUCCGCUCAUGUAAUCUAACAUUCUCACUCUGUAGUUAGAGUUAUACAUCCCAUGUUGUUUCACCUGGAAAGGUUACCUAGGGUGGGCUGUGAAGGGUUAGGCUCUCUCUCGCUCUCUCCCUUUCCCUCUCUCCUUCUCUCUUUUCUUCUCUCAGUUUCACAUCAUUAUCAGAACCCUGUCCCUUCUUCCUCUGGCUGUGGUGAUGUCACAGUAGGACACAGAGAGAUUGAUUUUGAUGUGUGUGUGUGUGUGUGUGUGUGCGUGUGUGUGUUGUACAGCGUCACAUCUCAUGUAGUGUAGUUGUAAAUCUACUGACUGACUUCAGGGUUAACUGAUCAAUACAAAAUGGCAGCAUGUGUUUGUACUGUAUGUGUGUGUGGAAGGGGAUGAUACAUAUGCAUGUGUUCAUACAGUAUAAGUGCGUGUGCGUGGUCAGAAGGUGACACACUGAGCGAGUCUGGAAUGCCGUCCUGUGAGCAAGAAGGAAGGAGGGAGUAACAAUGGAAGGGGGAGGAGAGAGAGAGAGAGGGGGGGGGGGGGUAAACCAGUGGGGUAGGUUUGUGUUACUGUAUAGAUACAUAAUGCAAAGAUGACAGAGAACACGCACACAGAGAGAGAGAGAGAGGGAGCUGCAAGAGGAGGCUGGGAGGAGGAUGAGGAUGAUGGUAACAGUACUCUCUCCCACUACAACCCAAAACACAGCUUCUGAUUGGAUCAGCUUGGACUCCUAAGUUUCUCUGAAGAUUCCUGUCAUUUGCGUGAAGAAAAGACGUAAGAGGACGCAGAUCAGGCUGCCUUUUGAGAAUCCGUAGAGUUGUGGCUGAACAACGGCACGGAUAAUAUAGAGCUGGAGGGAUUUUCAAUGCACCAGCAGAACAGAGAAGCUAUGUCUGUGUUCUGAGGCUUGUGUGUGACCGCUCACCCAGGAAAACGUCACUGCUGAGGACCUCUGUUUGACCAGUGGAGCCGACACCACAGAGACACAGAGAGGAAGGGACAGAGAGGGAGGGAAGUAGAACUAACAAUCAUCUCUGAGUGUGUGGGAGACAGAAAUGCAGAGAAUCUUCAUGGAUGGAAUCUCAAACCUGUGGAUAUACAAGUGAGUGUCUGUUGAUAUCUGGAGCCCCAAACAUGAGAAGAUUGCAGUUCAACCACUCUGAUGUUUCUGCUGGGGCAGACAAACACCUUUCCUACCAGGCCUGUGCUGCUGUCGAAGGCUUCUGUGAUGAUUUUGACCAGUGGUUAAACUGCAAAAAGGAUUACUGGGAUUAUUAAACUGUUACCUUUUACUACAUACUACAUUUGGAAUAAUUCAACUCGCACUGGACCCAUUCCCCAGUGAGGGGAAAUACACAACAGGCUCCACAAUGGCCACCGGACAGUUGAGACAGAAUGGUGGUGUGAGGGACGUGAUCCCAGAGGAUGGCAGUGACAGGGGAGGAAACUGUGGCAAUGCAGGGAAGUUGGCUGGAGACCGGGGCAGGACAGAGUGGAGAAGGCUAAACCUGCCCAAAAGGAGUAAGAGUUUAGACUGGAGAGGAAGGGGGGCUAGCCCUGGCGAAGGGCUCAGGACUGGGCUGCUGAGGUUUUCUGGGAACCUAGGGGGGUCCACACUUAAACGAGCAGAGAGUUUGGAGAGUAGGGGGGCAGGAGAGAGUAAUGUGUUGUCCAGGGUGAAGGCCUUUAACUCAGUUGGACCAGGGGAAGUGAUGAGCCCCGUUGGGGGGUCAGGGUGUUCCCUUGGUGAAGGGAUGUCCCCUGUGGGUCUAGAGUAUGUGGCUCUAUCUCUGGAGCGGGCCAGUGGGGGCCAGUCCCUCCCCAUGAGGCUGAGGUCUAGUCCUGGUCCUGGGUCUGGAACCAGAAAACCAGCCUGUGGAUCUCUUGGAUCCUCCAGGGGUCAGAGUAUCUGGGACCGGAUACAGAAGCUCUAUGGGACUACUGGACCUGAUAAAGCUACUAACAGAGAUGAGGAUGUGAAGGACUCAACCAGAACCAAGCGUCUCUCAGCACCGGUAGGAGACUGGUCUCUAUUGGAGAGGGAUGUGAAGGACUCAACCAGAACCAAGCGUCUCUCAGCACCGGUAGGAGACUGGUCUCUAUUGGAGAGGGAUGGAGAGGAUACAGCAGCCAAUCGCAGGAAGUCCACCACAGACUCUGUCUUUGUCUCCCCCCUCUCCUCCCCCUUUUCCUCCCCCCUCAGUGGAUUAUCCAGGGGGGAGAGGAACGGCCUGCUCUCACACACACCCCUAGUAGAACAGAACACCACACACACACCCCUGGUAGAACAGAACACCACACACACACCCCUGGUAGAACAGAACACCACACACACUGCACACACACCACAGAGACAUCAGAAUAGUGCCGUCAAGGUGUCUGGUUUCAGCCCCUCAGUAUCUCCAGUGUCAGGGUGGACCACACCCACACUGUCAUACAAACCCUCACACACACCGUUAGUGGAGGGGUCAUCAGUGUGCAUUAGGGACCCCUCACUAUCCCCUCCAUUAGGAGACAAACAGGAGAGAGGGAAUAAGGAGGUGACAAACACUGUUGGCAAAAAGAGUGGAAGUGGUGAAGACAGCGAAAAGGAGAGACUAAGGGUGGGGAGCAUGGCUCAGGAAAAAGAGAAACGGACUGAUGUCGAAGGAAAAGGACACAAGAAAAAGGAGGUGGAGAAGCGAGGGAGAGAUAACGCUGAAGUCUCUCUCCCCCAGCACAGACUAUCAGUGACACCCACCAGGAACUCUCAGCCUAUCACAACAUCCGGAGUAGGGGUCACCACAGGGUCAAACCCCCUCCUGACCAAUCAGCUUAAUGGGAAAACUGACACCUAUGACAGGAGCAAGACCCCUGCUAGAGGCAUGGCCAGGGAACAGAGCCUGUCAGAAGAUGUGUUUGAAGCCAACACCCCACAGAGGAUAACAUUACAGAACACUGAAAAUACCAAGUUACCUGGGAAACUGGUAGUGCCCUCUGCAGCCAGUGUGAGGAACAAGAUCCACCAGUUUGAAGCUCUGACACAGACAUCUCAGGUCCCAGUGCCCAACUACCUGAAGCCCAGACGGGCUUUCUCUGUCCCGGAGCAGCUCAGUGAGUCUGGAGACGGGGUCAGGAAGAGGGGGUUGGAUAGACAGGUAGGCAGGGUGGCGGGAGUAUGGGAGAGAGGGAGAGGAGGAGGAGAGGGAGGGAUUGUAACUAUGGAUGGGGUGAGAGGACGAGGAGAAGGGGUAAGGAAGAGUGUGCCAGAUAAAGUACUUGGUGGAGGGAGAGGAGGUGAGGUAGUGAGAGAAGAGAGGAAGGCUGAUAGAGGGUGGGUGGUGAGGUCUAUGUCAGUGGAGGAGGUGAGGCUGGGGAGCAGGGAGAGAGGGGGAGUGUGGGAGAGAGGGGGAGUGUGUUAUAGAGGGGGAGUAGGGGAGAGCGGGGGAGUGGGGGGAGAUAGGCAGAGAAGAGUGGGGGAGGCAGGAAGAGUGGGGGAGACAGGAAGAGUGGGGGAGACAGGAAGAGUGGGGGAGACAGGAAGAGUGGGGGAGGCAGGAAGAGUGGGGGAGACAGGAAGAGUGGGGGAGACAGGAAGAGUGGGGGAGAAGGCUGUUGGCUCUGGUACGUUUUCCAAACUCGCGGGUAAACUAGACAUCCCUCUGAAUGGCAAAACCACCAGAGACACUCUGAGAGACUUUUCCAUUGAUGAGCCAGACCUCCCCAAUCACACAGUCACACCCCAGGACUGGAGUAGGAGAGGCACCAACACAAAGACUACUACAGUCACUGCCAAGGAUACUUCAUCCUCCCAGCUGUCUAACUCUGUGAACAACUCCAAUGAUGUUCUAGGUGGCCCUGACCAGUCUAGGAGGCCUCACAGUAGAGACUCACCUAACCUGCCAUCUCCAGUGAGCGAUGAUGACAAGACACCCACCAACACCCCCCAGAACUCCCCCUUCCACCCCCAGAACACACCUCCCACCUCCCCACACCUCCCCACUACUUCCCUGCAGCCUAAACACCAACAGGGUGUAGAUUCAGGCCUGGUUGCCCUGAAGAACCCUCCAGUCUCCACACACACAGCCCAGGCUAGGGUCACUACUGACCCUGCUAUCCCAGUCUCACCCUCUGGCCUAGAGAGGGAUUCCCUGUCCCUUCCCCUCACCUCCUCCUCCCCCAGCAGCCUACCCCUCCUCCCCACUCUGGCUCGAUGGAACUCAGAGGAGGGGGGAUGGAGUGAUGAGGAUACUGAUGAUGAAGGUACAGAGAAGGACGAGGAAUCCACCUACGACUCAGACUCUGCAGAAUCCUCGGUGACCGUCACCAGCGCCAUUAGCCAAUCACAUCGCAGGAGCUUCUCUCUCAGUCUGGCAGAGCUGUGUAACUUCGGAGAGGUGGACUAUGAUCCCCAGUCUUCCUCUGACAGUGAGGAGUGGCCGUCCAGCCGGUCAGCCAGCCGGUCAGCCAGCCGGUCAGCCAGCCUGUCUUCUGACGUGUCGGCACUGUCCUGUGUGUCUGUCCUGGGCAGUGAUGAGUUGAACCGCCUGCUGGACGAUGUAAAGGGCCUGGGGGCGACAACGCUGCAGAACUAUGAGGAUGUCCAGGUGGUGGUUCUCCAUAAGGAUGUUGGUGUGGGACUGGGCUUCACCAUGGCAGGAGGAGUGGACCAGAACAAACCUGUCAUUGUCCAUAAGGUGUUCCCGGCAGGGGUGGCUGCUAAGGAGGGAUCCAUCCAGGAGGGAGACAAGGUCCUGUCAAUCAACGGCACAGCGCUGUGUGGCUCCUCCCACUGGGAGGUGCUGAGGACACUAAGGAGGGCACGGACUCAGGGAAUGGGCGUGGUUGUCUUGAGGAGAGGGGAGGUAACAGACCCCCGUAAGGGAGGAACAGUGACUGACAGUCGGGGAGGGACACAGACAGAGCCUGCUAACACUGGUCAGAGGGUGUGUGUGAGGCUGGAGAAGCACAGCAGAGACCUGGGCUUCAGUCUGGAGGGAGGAGUGGGUUCCAGCCUGGGAGACAAACCACUCACCGUACAGAAACUCUUCCUGGGUGGUCCAGUGAACCAGGUGUCUCCAGGGGACGAGGUGUUGGAGAUCGAGGGUGUGAGCUUGGUGGGCCUGAGGAGGCUGGAGGCCUGGACCUUGAUCAGAACACUGCCCUCUGGGCCUGUGGAUGUGGUACUACACCGUCCUCACAAACCACAGUGACAGGAAUGAACAUUGACAUGCACCCUCGAUAUGCUUAUAACAAAGCACUGAAGCAUUGUACUCCUAUGAGGUUGAAGUGAGGGUUGCCAAUCUGAUUUUGGAUCUGUGGUUCGGGUCAACUUCUACCUCAAGUGAGAGGGAUGAUAUGUAUUGCACCAGUCAUACAAUAACAAAGCACUGAAGAGACCAGUACACAUUGAGGAGAGGGCCUGUCUGUAUAUAGGCUCAACCCAGGGUAUGAAGAGGGAGAGAGAGAUCAAUACAGAGGUCAUUUAUUUAAUUUUGUAGAAAUAUGCUGUAUGUUUCUUUAAAACCUAGUCUGCCCAUUGUUUUAUUUGAUGAAAUGUAAGGAGUUUGCAUAUGGCUGUUGUAAUAUAUAUUGUGACUAGAAAGUUAAUAAUUGUCCGCUGUCUACUUGCUGUUAAUAAAUCCUACAGUAACCCCA